GGAGGAGGAGGAGGAGGAGGAUUCGGCGGGCCGAUCCGCCACAUCGGCACUCAGUCUCGCCGCCCGCCCGCCUGCAUCGAUGAGCUCGGCAGCUCGGCUGCCUCUGCCUGGCGACGGCCCCGGAAGGCGCUGAGCUUGAACUGAGGUGGGCUCGAGGCCGGGCGACGGCGGCGGCGCAAGAGGAGGCGCGUCCACGCUGCGGCUCCCGCUCCGGCUCCGGCUCCGUGGGGCGGCACUCUCGGCCGAGGCGGCGGCCCGGGGCCCCAGAGCCAGCUUACAAAAAUGGGACGUCGUUCAUCAGAUACUGAAGAAGAGAGUAGAAGUAAGAGGAAAAAAAAACAUAGAAGAAGGUCGUCUUCAAGUAGUUCUUCAGAGAGUAGAACCUUCAGCCGUAAGAAGACAGGAAGGAAAUCAAGGUCCAAGUCAAGAUCUUGGUCUAGAGAUCUCCAGCCUCGCUCACAUUCUUAUGAUAGAAGACGCAGGCACCGUUCCAGUAGUAGCUCUUCUUAUGGAUCUAGAAGAAAACGAAGUCGGAGUAGAUCGAGGGGCCGAGGAAAAUCCUAUAGAUCUCAGAGAUCAAGGUCAAAAAGUAGAACGAGAAGGUCAAGGUCAAGACCUCGUCCACGGUCCCAUAGUCGAAGUAGUGAAAGAUCUAGCCAUCGACGAACUCGUAGCAGAUCUCGAGAACGAGAGCGCCGUAAAGGGCGAGAGAAAGAGAAGAGAGAGAAGGAACGAGAGAGAGGGAAGGAGAAGGAAUUGCACAGCGCCAAGCGCGGGGAUUCUGGAAACAUCAAAGCUGGAUUAGAACAUCUGCCACCUGCUGAGCAAGCCAAAGCUAGACUGCAACUGGUCCUCGAAGCUGCUGCUAAAGCUGAUGAAGCCCUGAAAGCAAAAGAGCGAAGUGAAGAAGAAGCAAAAAGAAGAAAGGUAGAAGACCAAGCCACCCUCGGGGAACAGGUGAAGCGAGUCAAAGAAAUUGAGGCGAUCGAAAGUGACUGCUUCGUCCAGCAGACCUUCCGAUCGAGCAAAGAAGUCAGGAAGCCCACCGACCCCGGCGAAGGGAAGCAGGAGCCGGCCACUUCGGGAACGGUGACUGCAGAUCCGCCACACGUCGAGAAAGAAAUCGAGCCCAGCAGCAUCCCGACCGCUAUCAAGUACCAGGAUGAUAAUUCUCUAGCCCACCCCAACCUAUUUAUCGAGAAGGCCGAAGCCGAGGAAAAGUGGUUCAAGAGAUUAAUUGCUCUGCGACAAGAACGACUGAUGGGUAGUCCAGUUGCCUGACUAACACAGGAUUGAUUUCACUAUAACAAUGAAAUUAAAGUUUGGGGGGACACCAGAGUGAAAGAUGCGUGUGCUUGUGUGCGUGUCUGAUGUUAUUUGACGAGCUCAAUAAAGUGGCCGUUUUAGCCCAUUUUCUCCUCCUCACUUUUUCCUGCUCAUUUAGGCAGGAGUGUUACGGAUUGUUUCUGCAGUAGAGAUAUCAGAAAUUUGGGGUUUGUCUGAGAAGGCUGAGGCUGUAGUGGCUAGAGAGUUGAAGUUGGGCUCCCCCAGCUCCCGACGGGGCAGCCUUUUUGCCCUCAGGCUCCUCGCCAAGGAAGUUUCAUAAGUUGCAGAGCAGCUGUCCGCUGCAUCAGUGGGAAAUUUUCUGUCUAAUCAGAUGGCUGGACCCAAAACAAGAACGUACAGCUGUCCUAAAAAUAGCCGGGGUCCAGCUGAAAGUCCAGCGUCAAAAUAUAGUUAGCAGGUAUUUGGAAAAUGGCGAGUAAAACUUUGGGCGUGGUUUUUUAAUUUGUUAAUUUGUUUUUGUUCAUUUUAAUUUGUAAAAUUUAAUUUGUUUAAUUUGUUACAAAAAGCGUACCCCUCUCCAAUCCCUUUCUACCUUUCCCUAAAAAAGUUCAGUAAAACUGCCCAGUAGAGUGAUUGUGAUGAACAGUUCUCUGGGUGAGGGUUUUUAAGAGAGAGGAUGUGAAUGAUUUACACAUUUCUAGGAAUCAUUGUAAACUCUAAACACAAGGCUUUACAGCGCAUCUAGUUGGAAACUGCUUAAUUCUUUGUUUUAACCAAUAACCUUUGCAGUCAUAGACAAAAGGGGGGGAAUAUCAUUUCUUUGAAAAAAAAUCUACAUAUAUGCAAAGUAUUAAAUUUUAUGUAUGGAAGGAAAGAUAUGUUUAGUAAAAACAUUUUUAAAAUAGUCAGAAAUUUUAUUUGCUACUAUUUAGAAACUGACUCUUACUGGAGGCUUCCUUGAAAGCCCAGUAGCAUAAGACAUUUUCUCCUGUAGCCAGAAUUCCAGAAAUCAUGUCUAACAGAGAGGAAGAACUCCCAGAAUCUCAGGAUUGAAAGGGGUGUCAGAAGCCAUGUAGUCUGCCCCGUGUCUAAACGAGUAUUCUCUCUCUGUAGCACGCACAAGUCAUCAUCCAACCUUUGCGGGAAGAUCUGGAUCAAUAUUGGAUCCCAUUGCACGUCCUGAUGCACCUGCGAUCGAGCUGUGAUUUUAGAUAGAUUUAAGCCAAAGGCAGAGCACUUGGCUGGCAGUAGGUCUUCUUGAUUGACUUCGUUUUACUUGUGUGGAUUGUUAAGCCAAAUGGUUUCAAGUGCUUUUGAAUCUCAGCACAAGGUCACCUACAAAUAGGGGCAUCCAGGUCCUUGGCCGCUCACUAGGAAUAACCUCCUGUCGGACCCAGUGCUAGACGUCCUGCAUGACCGCGCCGCAAGGCCGCUCUGGGAUCCUGUGUUCUCCCUGGCCUUCCUCAUCUUAUAUGAGCAACCAGAAGGGGAUCAAAGUUGCCUCUCGCUGUUACAUGUGAUUUCAGUGUAUGUGUGAUAGAUAUUGUGAAUUGAAAAGGAGAUUGUGCUCUAUUGAAUCAAAUUUUUUUAAGUGUGUGUGUGUAUGUGUGUGUGUGUGUGUGUGUUUAACUUCCAGAUUACAUGGAUGUAAAUAACACCAUAGAUGUAUGUAUAUGUGCAUGUAUAUCCAGAUAUACCAGGGUGACUGCAGAAAUGUGGUCUGCUUAAAAUUGUACAUGUGAACUUUUCCUGCUCUCGUCUUGUAUUCUUCUCAACUCCAAGGGCGGUGUAGUUUCAGGAGGAUUCUCUAGCUAUUGAUGUCAGCCCUUUUUGGUAAUGUGGUGUCCAUGAUUUUUCCCACUUAUUCACUCUCUUUCCCUCCCUUGGAUUUCUUAAAAGAGCAAUUUCUCAGUGUCCUCAAAAUGGCACAGACUCAAAAGCAGCCUGCUCUUGUGCAUAUUUGCUCUAGCAUGUCUGCUUUUCCCAUCUUUGGAGGUUUUUUUAAGUGUUAUUUCUGCUUCCUCAUAUAUCACAUCAGAUCCCCUGAUGUUGGAGUCCCAAGAUAGUUUGUUACAGAACUCUUGGCGUAUCUUUUACAUUUCUUUCUGCUUAUUGUUUCCCUUCCACUUUUUGCUCUAGAUAGCUAAGUGACCGACCUAGUGAGUAGAGGGCGGACUUGGAAGUAGGACCUGAAUUCAAAUUUUGCCUCAGGCCAGGACUAGUCAGGACCCUGAAGAAGACACUUCCACUCUCAUGGCCUCAGUUUCCUUCACUGGAAAAUAAGGAUCAUAAUUGUCCCUGAGUGCCAUGGUUGUUGUGAGGAUCAUGUGAGAUGAUAUACAGUAUUUUACAAACCAUGAAGUGCUUUAUAAAUAUGAGAUUGUUGUUCAUUUCUUGGGAAAAUUUGGCUUAGUUGGAUCCCAAAAUAAGCUUUCCUCAAAAUCACAUUUCCAUCCACUGCUUCUCAUUUUGUGAGAUGAUGAUGCUCAAAAGUUUCUACCAUCCUCCUCUUUGACCUAUAGAAGGAAGGUGUCUAUAAUGUAAAUUCAUGCUGUCUUUGGCCAGUAUUUCCAAGUUACUUCUUAGCGUCAUUUGUCCUUCUCAACGUGACCAUUGACUAUAUGCUAAUUCCUUAAAUGGUACAGGUUCAUGGCAAUAUCUGUUCCUUGAUCCACUUUCCAUUUGUUGGAAGCAAAAACUUUUUUUUUCUUCCCAAAGCAGACAGGAUUAAAUGAUUGACUCAGGGUCACACAGCUAAUAAGUGUUAAGUGUCUGAGGUUAAAUUUGAAUUCAAGUCCUUCUGAGUCCAGGGCCAGCACUUUCUUCACUCCCCUCCACUCCAGCAAUCACUUUUUUUUAAUAAGUCGACUUGCUCACCAUAUCGCCUCCUUUCUCUUGUUUCUGACAAUUUAGCGUUGAUUCUGACUUUUACUGUAUAACUGCACCUAGGGAACAGAUUCAGAAGUUACUCCAGAGUAGUUUUCAUUGGGACGGCGUUAGUCCGUGCCCCUCAUGUCUGGUUCCUCCUGCGAUUCACUGGCACGAGGCUCCACGCCAAGACUUUGGUCACUUUAAUUCAUGAAUCACAUUACCCAGCAAGUUUUUCACCAAGUUUCUCCUAAAUCUUAGCAUUUGAAGUCACCAAAGAGUGAAGUAUCUGUUGAUUUCAUUUGGAGGGUUCUGCUGACUUCCUUAACCUUUGUAGCAGAUGUGUGUGAGCAACAGCAAAAAACCCAAGAUUCGCCUCUUGUCUGCUAACUUUAUGUAUAGAAAACUCAUCAAAAUUAAUAGGAUUUCAAGUUCACAGGGCAGCCAGGGAUGCCAUGUUGUCAAAGUUGUAAGGAUAAGAUGAGCUGAUAAUUGCAGAGCACAAUGCCUGGCACAAAACAAACACUAUCGAAAUGUUAGCUAUUGUCAUGUUUUUAUUAUCAUCAUCAUUAUCCUUCAGUUCCUCCAGUAAUAUUUCAAGUUAUUGGUCACUGGACAAAGACAUCGUAUUUAAUGCAACAACUGUUAAAUUGACAUUUCCAGAUUGUCUGAAAACUGUAUAAUUCUUAGCAACUUCUACUUUAUGAUCUUCCAAAGUUAAUGGACAGUUUUGUAUUUUUUCCUUGUUUCGUGGAUCACCAUAACCAAAGAAUUCUUCCGCAGUGAGGCUCUCUACCAUUAGCUAAGCCGAUCCUUUGGCAGUGGAGUCUCUGUAACCAGAAUCCUUUCCUGAAUGCUAGAAACUGCCAUGAUAGCUACCCUUUGAGAGCCGAGGCUCUUCUUUCUGUGAUGAGGCGCUAAAGAAAGGAGAGUCGUUGUUGCUGUAGAUAUCUGUGAUCCACAACGAGAACUGUGAGAAGUUGGCGCUCAGGUGCAGAAAGAAGCGUCUUGUUAUUAUUGUGUGUCCACUUUAUGCCUGUGGGGAUUCCCAGUUUGAAUAACAACUGGUAGUCUUCUGUAUCUAGAUUUGCUGUCACAACUUGCAAGUGUUCUCCAUUUUGAGUGUAUUUUGGAAAAUGAACUCUUUGAGGAUGUUAUAUUUUUUUUUGCUAAAAUACAAAUAAAAACACCAACUUUGAAUUCA